AUUGUUUUGAUAAUGGAUCUGAAAGCUGCAAAAAACAUGAAGGCUCGCGAAAUGGCAUGCAGUGAUGUUCAGAAAGUCGCCGAUUCCCUUAAUGUUAAUCUUACUACUAAUGCUCUCGAUGUAUUUUAUAACGCAGAUGUGGCACUUGUCGAUGUUUCAAUCACUCAGCAACAGCCCAGCCUCUGUUACCAUAUCGGCGUGCGCGAAUCCAUGGGCCAAACCUAUAACAUUAUCCUCACACAUUUCACUGAAGAAACUUCCGAAUUACUCGUCAAAGCUCUCAAACCGUACAAUAAAAACGGACGCUUGAUAACGUUUCGCUCACGAAUGAAGCAGACUCUAAAAAGCGUUCAGAUUGAAGCCUCGGCACAUUCACGUGAAAAAUUUCUCUCCGAUCUUCGUAAAGCCCGUGAAACACAGGAUAUAGCUGAAGCAAAUCGGUUCCUGGAUAAGAUGAGGCAUCGGCUUGAUAAUCCGGACGUGUUGAGUGUCGACACACUUUACCAAUUUAUGCUUAGCUAUCGGUAA